AUGAAUAUACAGAAUAUUUCGCUGGAAUACAGCGCGAAUACUUCAAGUGACUCCACAGACGAUUGCGUCCUUCCGCAGACACAUGGCGUGCUUCUUAUGAUAGUUAAUUCCAUAGCAGCCGUGGUCGGAACCUGUGGAAACGUUAUGGUUUGUAUUGCGGUACUCACGAGCACUCGUCUUCGUCGCAGCUCCAACUUCCUUCUUCUCAGUCUGGCCAUUGCUGAUUUGGUAGUGACGAUGAUCUGCGAGCCUUUGGUAGCUGCCAUAGUCGCUAGGAGAGCGUUUUCCCAUGAUUGUGCAUCCAGCUUGGAGCUUGCUUACGUUAUCGGCUCAAACCUCUCAUGCUCUGCAUCAGUCAUGCACCUGGCAGCCAUCAGUGUGGACCGUUUCCUUGCCGUUGUCUACCCUCUUCGCCACGGACGGAUCAUGAACGGUUCUGGUUUGAAGAUCAUGUUAGGAGUUGUCUGGGUCGUACCUAUCAUUUUAACUUCAUGCCGCAUUCCAUUCCUUAAGGAGACAUCUUAUCUAGUCUUCGUGAUGUUUGUAAUAAGCUAUGGGUUGAUAAUUAUCUGCUACGCGACCAUCGUGACUUUUCUUGUUAAAGAAAAGGGAAGAAAAAAUAAACUCAGAGCAAGACCCACAGUAGUUGUAGAUUCCAAAAUCGAGCGCCGCGUGGCGUUUACACUGGCAGUGGUAAUAGCUAUCUUUACCGCAUGUUGGCUGCCGAUGAUUGUCGUGUUCUUUGCUGCUGGUAAAUCCCUUGUUAAGAUGUAUGGCACUGCUUACAUGUGGAUCCGAUCCUUGGCACUUUCAAAUUCAGCCAUGAACUUCAUCAUCUACAGUGCAAGGAUUCGUGACUUCCGGGAUGCUUACGCUCUAAUAUGCCGAAAGACUCUCCAUUGCACGAAAUAAUUCAGCCGUUGUAAAGAGUAUCAAGGCUGGGGAUACAAACUAACUGUACAUAUAACAGUCAAUCGUGAAUUUCUAGGGUUAAUAACACACUGAAGAACCAGAAAUGUUAUUACGGUAUUAUUCCGUGAUAGGUCGCUUAGUAUUUGAUAAAUAAUUUUUCAUUAUAGUUAGUUUGAACAGCAUUGAGUAACGCAGUGUAGUAAAGCUCCAUUUUACUGUAGAGUGUCAUGGACAAUUAGCAAGGUAUGGUGCUCCAUAAAUGUAUUUUAAUUUCUUAUUUUAAUUCAAAAGAGACGCAAAGACAGACAGAUUACUGAUCGAAGGUGGUUAUUUAAGGGGAAAAUUGAUUAACAUGACAAGCAAGUUAACACGGAUAAAUAUCAGGUCAAAGGUAAUCGAGGCCUUAAGUAAUUGGCUUCGCUCUGACGAAGGGCUAACGCUCGAAACGUCAGCUUGUAAACUAUCUACGUUAUCAACUCCUUGAUAAUAUCAAAUUACCCUGUUAUACUCUUCCACCGACGCAGCACCACAGUUUCUUCAGAAACUAAC